CACGGCCAAGAUGGCCGACGGGGAAGGCGGCUGCACUGCUGGGCGGGAGCUGGAGCCGGGGCCGGGGCCUGGGUCAGAGCUGGAGCCGGGAGAAGAGUUUGAGAUCGUGGACCGAAGCCAGCUGCCCGGCCCGGGCGACCUGCGGAGCGCAACGAGGCCACGGGCGGCGGAGGGCUGGUCGGCGCCCAUCCUGACCCUGGCACGCAGGGCCACCGGGAACCUGUCGGCGAGCUGCGGGAGCGCGCUGCGCGCGGCCGCGGGGCUGGGCGGCGGGGACAGCGGGGACGGCACGGCGCGCGCAGCGUCUAAGUGCCAGAUGAUGGAGGAGCGUGCCAACCUGAUGCACAUGAUGAAACUCAGCAUCAAGGUCUUGCUGCAGUCGGCUCUGAGCCUGGGCCGCAGCCUGGAUGCGGAGCAUGCGCCCUUGCAGCAGUUCUUUGUGGUGAUGGAGCACUGCCUCAAACACGGGCUGAAAGUUAAGAAGAGUUUUAUUGGCCAAAAUAAAUCUUUCUUUGGUCCUUUGGAGCUGGUGGAGAAACUUUGUCCAGAAGCGUCAGAUAUAGCGACUAGUGUCAGAAAUCUUCCAGAAUUAAAGACAGCUGUGGGAAGAGGCCGAGCUUGGCUUUAUCUUGCACUCAUGCAAAAGAAACUGGCAGAUUAUCUGAAAGUGCUUAUAGACAAUAAACAUCUCUUAAGCGAGUUCUAUGAGCCUGAGGCUUUAAUGAUGGAGGAAGAAGGGAUGGUGAUUGUCGGUCUGCUGGUGGGACUCAAUGUUCUCGAUGCCAAUCUCUGCUUAAAAGGAGAAGACUUGGAUUCUCAGGUUGGAGUAAUAGAUUUUUCCCUCUACCUUAAGGAUGUGCAGGAUCUUGAUGGUGGGAAGGAGCAUGAAAGAAUUACUGAUGUCCUUGAUCAAAAAAAUUAUGUGGAAGAGCUUAACCGGCACUUGAGCUGUACAGUUGGGGAUCUUCAAACCAAGAUAGAUGGCUUGGAAAAGACUAAUUCAAAGCUUCAAGAAGAGCUUUCAGCUGCAACAGACCGAAUUUGUUCACUUCAAGAAGAACAGCAGCAGUUAAGAGAACAAAAUGAAUUAAUUCGAGAGAGAAGUGAAAAGAGUGUAGAGAUAACAAAACAGGAUACCAAAGUUGAGCUGGACACUUACAAGCAAACUCGACAAGGUCUGGAUGAAAUGUAUAGUGAUGUGUGGAAGCAGCUAAAAGAGGAGAAGAAAGUCCGGUUGGAACUGGAAAAAGAACUGGAGUUACAAAUUGGAAUGAAAACAGAAAUGGAAAUUGCAAUGAAGUUACUGGAAAAGGACACCCACGAGAAGCAGGACACACUAGUUGCCCUCCGCCAGCAGCUGGAAGAAGUCAAAGCGAUUAAUUUACAGAUGUUUCACAAAGCUCAGAAUGCAGAGAGCAGUUUGCAGCAGAAGAAUGAAGCCAUCACAUCCUUUGAAGGAAAAACCAACCAAGUUAUGUCCAGCAUGAAACAAAUGGAAGAAAGGUUGCAGCACUCGGAGCGGGCAAGGCAGGGGGCCGAGGAGCGGAGCCACAAGCUACAGCAGGAGCUGGGCGGGAGGAUCAGCGCCCUGCAGCGGCAGCUCUCCCAGCUUCACGAGCAAUGCUCAAGUCUAGAGAAAGAACUGAAAUCAGAAAAAGAGCACAGACAGGCUCUUCAGCGCGAAUUACAGCACGAGAGAGACACUUCCUCUCUACUCAGGACGGAGCUACAACAAGUGGAAGGAUUGAAAAAGGAGUUGCGGGAGCUUCAGGACGAGAAGGCAGAGCUGCAGAAGAUCUGCGAGGAGCAGGAACAAGCCCUCCAGGAAAUGGGCCUGCACCUCAGCCAGUCCAAGCUGAAGAUGGAAGAUAUAAAAGAAGUGAACCAGGCACUGAAGGGCCACGCCUGGCUGAAAGAUGACGAAGCGACGCACUGUCGGCAGUGUGAGAAGGAGUUCUCCAUUUCCCGGAGAAAGCACCACUGCCGGAACUGUGGCCACAUCUUCUGCAACACCUGCUCCAGCAACGAGCUGGCCCUGCCCUCCUACCCCAAGCCGGUGCGAGUGUGCGAUGGCUGCCACACCCUGCUCCUUCAGCGCUGCUCCUCCACGGCCUCCUGAGUGUCCGUCCUCGGGAGCACAGCCUCGCGGGCAGCGCCAAGCCCUGUGGGUCUCCGGGGGCUUGGGAAAUGUGUUCUUUCCCAAGAGAAUCGAAGGAAAGAAUCCAAUUUCUCGCCCGGCCACUGGCACUCCAGAAGACAGCGUGCCAGAACCAGCCGCUCUCACCUGACCGUGAUUCGUUCGGAAUUAACUCCUCUGGAUGGAAACGUCCAUCUUACUUGGUUACAUCACGGCUCUGGUUCAGAUACAACUUCGUGAUUUUGCUACUAUCAUUUUUCACUUUUCAAAGAAUUUAACCUGUUUUACAGCAGUUCAGUUCUGCUAGUGAGUAGUUUCCCUCUCCCACCUCCCUUCUAAAAACCUGACUCCUGUACAGCGUUUGACACACGUGGGGUCUGUCAGUGUGCCUUCUCUGCUUCAGUCAAGAAAUCUGCCAUUUCAUGCCCUUGUGACUACCUAUCGUUGGUCCAGCAAUAAAAUCAUUUAUUUUUCA